CGCCUCCUUGCCGUUAGACAGACGCACACGGGCGCACUUCCUGUUUGCAGAGUUGGGCUUCUUGGGUUUCCUGAUCAUAGUCUUCAGGAUGACCGCCUUCAGCUGGGGCCGCCCAAAGGUGGCACCCACUGGCUUGGGAGGAGCUUUGGGUUUGCCCUUACGGUGCAUCUGGUUGAGAGUCGCCAUGGUGCUGGAUAGCAGGGGGCGGGUCCAUGCGUAGGUCUGCUGGGACGCUACAUGCACACACACACACGGAAAUCGCAUUAAUAUAUUGACUUGUCUUUUGGCUGGUCUUCUUUUGACGUGCCAUGUUUUUAACUUGAUGGAUUAUUUUCAGUCUUAUCCUUCAUUUCUAUUCAGAAAGUCCACUGGCAACUGUCCUUCCGGGACAUCCCAUGAAGAACGUCAAAAAGACCACUGGUAGUUUCUUUAAAGCAGAAUAUGACAAUGAGGAGUCUCAUAAUGAAACAGUCAUGAACAUGGUGCAGAUGUGUGUGGGAAAAAAAUCAUCCGCACUAUAAGAUUCAAUAUUAUUAAAUGGAAUAUUUUCGUACUUAAAGCAUAAGAAACCCGUUUAUGCCUUUCUAAAUGCAUUUUUUAACAUUAUUAGAACCCUGUAGACAUGAAAUAACACGGAUAUAGUCACCUUUACACUCCUAUUAUUCAUUCUUUAUAUCACAUUGCGCAACUCAUGCUGCAGGGACUCGAGACGGCCGCUAGUGAGAAAACCAGUUAGCCUCCAAUUUAUUUCUUCUAAACUUAAGAAGCCAAAAACUUACCACUACUACCUUUGGACCAAUGAGGAUCCAGGUUUUAGAAGCUGAGCCCACAAAGUGGGGGGGGGGUCAUUACACCGGCAUGACUUGGUGGUGUAAAGGUGGAACUUGCCAAGUCAUGCCAAAAGAAAUGGAGUGUUUCUGGAGUGUCAUACAGCGUUACCACCUAUGGAAAGGCUUCAUGUAUAUGACGAGGAGGACUUUGCUCCAAGAGAUUGCAUCACAACAAACAAAGGAUUUUUAGCUAACAAACCCCGCAGGGAUAGACACUUUUUUUCCACCUAACCAAAAUAAGACAACUGUCCAUCGAGUAAGUCACCAUGCUAUUGAUUGUGAUACAUGGAGCACAUAGCAUAUGAUCACAACACAGUCCAUCUAGCCGUGUAUAAACAAAACAUGGAUUGUGGGCCAAUACUUUACAGAUAAUUUGGUUGUCAAUUCGUAGUUGUUCAUAUGCUUGUUUCCCAGUCAGUACAGAUUGGUGUUCAAUCACAUUGUUUUGGAGUGGGCUCGCUAUAUUCAAAAUAUGUGUGUCCUGUUAUGUGCCUUGUUAGCUCUCACAUGCUUGCUGUUUUUUCUCUGUUUAGAACCCGCAGAAAAAAAGACGUGUGCCCAUGUUUCACAUAAGGAUUGUGGAUGAUGUACAAAAUCGAAAAAAGUUUUCCUUUAAACGAUUUCAUAAAGGCUUUGACAUCAAAUCUAACGAGUUUGGGGGUUCCACUGUACUGUACACUGUACUCCACCUUUACUGGUGCCAACUUGCCUUGGAAGAGCGACGUGAGUGCAGGUCUUAAACUUUGUAACAGUGACAUCACUGGAACACACAAAUGAGACAAAAAGACACCAAAUCAAGUUAUGAAUGAAUUAUCUACGUCUCUGUACACGUUGUUGAGUCGAGAUAUGCUAGUGUCUUGUAUGUGCGCAUGCAGCAGGAAGAAUGCUAACAAUAAGAAGCUUUAAAUCGGCAUCUUGUGGACAUUUAAUGUGGAAAUAAACAACCCCAUCAUUAACUGUCAAAUUUGUCCUUUAUCUCGCCCUGCAUGUCAUACCUUGUCCUUGUGCUAACACGCUAAUAGCCAACUAACAGCAAAACAAGUUUAUCGUACCUGAUGACGGGACUCAAACGACCACACUGUCACACUUAUCCGCAGUGACAACCGGCCCAAGUCCUGUAGUCAAACGGAAGCAUUUAAUGAUAUUUUGUGAGCACAGAGUAGAUUUUUAGCCGGAGGAACUAGCAACAACGGCACCGGAAAUCAACAAAAGUACUUCCGGGGCAAAUGCCAGCCUGUCAGUGAUGGCUGCUGCGUGCUGUUGGAGGUGUGGUUAAAGAUGGAUGCCAAGCAAGGUGCGGUCCAAGGUCUACUCCUUCCGGUGAACAUCAGCAGAUCUCUAUCAAAGCGGCGUCACUCAUUAACAUGCAGCUCGGCCGACAGAUACUCAGUCGCCACACUCGCUCUCAGAGGACAAUGAAGCUCCAGGUGGGCCUGCUCAUUGCUUCUGUGACCUGGGCUGCCGCCAGCCCCUUCAGAGAGACUAGGAACAAGCUGCUGCUGGUCUCUUUUGAUGGCUUCAGGUGGGACUACGACCAGGAUGUGGACACACCACACAUGGACCGGCUGGUGAAGGACGGCGUCAAGGCCAAAUACAUCACGCCGCCCAUGCUGACAAUGACCUCGCCGUCCCACUUCACCACCAUCACAGGCAGGUGGGUGGAGGACCACGAAGUCGUCCACAACAUGAUGUUCAACACGCAAACCAACGAGAAGGUUCCUCACAAAAAGACACUGACCCGAUCUGAGUGGUGGGACAACGGACCGCUGCCAUUGUGGAUCACCGCUCAGAACCAGGGCUUGAAAACCGCCUCUUUCUUCUAUCCGGGGGGCGGGGCCAACUACAGCGGGCAGGCCGUCAACCGAGUGUUGGUGGAGAAGGCAGGACAUCCUGACGACAACGAGACAGAGUGGCGGCAAAAGAUCGAUACAGUGAUGAGCUGGUUCUCCCAAGAGGACUUUGACCUGGUGACCUUAUACUAUGGCGAGCCGGACAACGUGGGCCACACCAGGGGGCCAGACCACCCCGACAGGAAGAAGAUCGUCCGCCAGAUCGACCGCACCAUCGGCUACCUAACCGAGGCCAUCAGUCGCCACGGCAUGAAUGACAGCCUGAACGUCAUCAUCACGUCUGACCACGGCAUGACCACUGUCAAGAAGCGCCCCCUUGUGGACGAGAUUAUCCUCAACAAGUACGUGAACUUGCUGAAAGUGGCCAGCUUCGAGAUCCUGGACUAUGGUGGAUUUGGCAUCCUGACACCGAGGCCGGGCAAAGAGCAGGAAGUUUUUGAGGCUUUGUCCAAGGCACCCAACUUGACAGUGUACAGGAAAGACGACAUGCCGGAAAGCUUCCAUCUAGCCAGGAGCCGCCGCUUGCCUCCUAUCGUCAUUGUGGCCGAUCUGGGAUUCAACCUGAAUUCUAGAUUCAUCGUCUAUGUCAACAAAGGCGACCACGGCUACCAUAAUGGCGAGAUGGACAUGAAGAUGAUCUUCAGGGCUUUUGGACCUGACUUCAAGAAGAACUUCCUGUCUGAGCCCUUUGACAGCAUCCACAUCUAUCCGCUCAUGUGCCGGCUGCUCAACAUCCAACCAGCACCACACAACGGAUCACUGAAGGUCACCCAGGAUAUGUUGCUGCACAGCGGAGGACCUCAAAGUGUGACCGUGUCACUGGUGACUGCCAUCUUCAUCUUCAUGCUCCUCUUAACACCUUGAUCCAAAAUCAUACCUGCAGGGUCAAGAUCACACACACAAGAUCUAUCAAGGGUGACUCCUUGAUUCAUGUUCAACCUACAAAUCUCUGCUAACACCUGCACCAAGUCCAGGUUGCCAAGUAGAGAUACCAAAAUCAUUAUUUAUACGGUGAACUAAAAAGCUUUUGUUAUCUUAAUAGUGAAAUCUGAUUGGUUGCCGAUUAUGGUAAAUGGUAUUUCACUUGUAUAGCGCUUUUCCACCUCCAAGGCACUCCAAGUGCUUUGACACCGUUAGCAGAUUUACCUACUGAUGAUGCAGCAUCAGGAGCAACUGGGGGUUCAGUAUGUUGCCCAAGGAUACUUCGACAUCCUUGGGAGGACGGAAGAUGGAACCCGCAAUCUUCAGGUUGGGAGACGACCACUCUACUACCUGAGCCAUGCCGUUGUUUGACACCUUUGUAUACCACAUAAAAAGAUAGAGUAGCUAUCCACCAGAUUAUCCAAAUGAUUUUAUUAAAUUUACAAAUUAAACUACAAAGACAGCAAGCCUAUCCACAUGCACAUACACAUACACACACACACACACGUAUGCAUACACACUUUGUGAUGAAAGAAUUGGUCAAUUUGUGAAAAUAAAACUUGUGUAUUUUCACCAUAAAACGGUGAGAAAAAAAGAACACUUUAAUCCUCAAGUUGAGGAGGAACCAGACUGGUUCUCUUGAAGUUUGACCUCCUUUGUGGCUCAUAAUGAC